AUGCCCGGUCAUACUCCAUUCCUCAUUGCAGUAUCCUCCAACCAUUUAAGAGUUAUUAAAUAUCUUGUUAGUAAGAACUGUAAUCUAUCAGCUACUGAUGAUGAAGGGUCUGGAGCAGUUCACAUAUCAGUAGCAAGGGGUCACUUUAAUGUAGUGAAGUAUCUUAUUGAUAGUCAUCAUUGUAAUCCUAAUGCAAUCAAUCAUCAAAAUUAUACACCAUUGCAUGUUGCUGUAGCAGCUAAUAGAUAUGAAAUAUUAGAAUAUUUACUGAGUAAGAGUAUACCCUCAAUGAGUGUUGUCUGGUUAUGUCAGACAAAGUAUUCAUCAGAUAGUCCUCAUGACUUAUACAAUAAUCCAAAAAAUGCUGUACUUGUUAAUGUACAAGCUAAAGAUGGUAAUACACCAUUACAUCUUGCUUGCAGGAGAGGACGAAAGGAUAUGGUGUCACUAUUACUAGAAACCAGUCUAUCAAACAAUAAUCUAUUAAUUACUAACAAGGAAGGACAGACACCAUUACACUUAGCAGCUGCCUCUGGUCAUGAAAAUACUGCUAAAGCUUUACUCUCCUCAGUCACUGGUAGUUCUGUUCAUAUUGAAGUUCUUACAGCUAUUGAUAAUAAAGGAUGUACUGUAUUACAUACAGCUUGCAGUAAUGGGCACAUUGAUAUGUUUCGUUACUUGGCCAGUAUUUAUCCCCAAGGUGUUAAUGUAAUUGAUAAUAAAGGACGUGGUUUACUUCAUGCAGCAUGUGAGGGAGGAGAUGUUGGAAUAGUAAGAACACUAAUUGAGGCACAUGGACUAGAUCCUGAAUUAGAAGAUCAAGAUGGAAUCACCUGCUUACACUUAAUAAAACGAGUUUAUGUAUACCAGUAUUUGAAACCAAACAUUCAAUCUAAUCCAACACCUAAAGACAAGUUUGGUCGUACUCCUCUUCAUUAUGCCUCUCGUUCUGGUAAUAUUCGUAUGGUACGUUAUCUCAUUGAGACCUUCCCCUGUACUCCUGAUGAUCCUGAUAAUAAUGGAUACACUUCAGUUCAUGGAGCAUGUGAAGCUGGUAGCAUGCAGUUAGUACAAUACUUUCUAACUGAUCUCAAAUAUGCUAUGUAG